GCCCCUGUCUAGCUUUGCCCUCUGAUGACCGCCAAUCAUCACAAACACACACUCACUAAAUGACAGACAUACUUAAAUUUGAAUACAGAGCUGUUUUAGUUCGGAUUGCUCGCGAUCUGGACGAAGAACAGCAUAAACAACUCUUCUUCCUCUGCAAAGAACAAGUUCCAAGACGAGGUUUAGACGUUUGGACACUUCUCACUUCACUGGAAGACUCGGCGAAGAUAUCGUGGAUCGAUGUUUCCCUCCUGAAGAAAUGUUUGCACGUUAUUGGAAGGGAAGAUCUCGUUGUCCUCCUGACCGAGUUUGAAAUGAAACGAGACCUGUCCAUUCUUAUGAAUUUCUACGUCAAGGAGAGGAAUGGCCUACACCUCUUCUACCGGUCGUCUGCGACUGAAGCGGCUAUCCACCUUGUGCGGCUAAUGGAAAGGUAUCCAGGCAGAGAAGAUCUGAGAGGAAUGAUGAGAGGCUCAGACAAGAAAGCGAAAGAUCUUUGGCUGCAAUUCUUGUCUGCAACUCCUCGGACCUCGAGAAUGACGUGGGGCAAAUUUUCCAUGCUGGUUGCGAUUGCCGGAGAAAUAAUAGCCAAGACAUCAUCGAAUCAUUGCGCAGGAAGUUCAGAUGAAGCCAUCAUGGAUAUGUGCGUAAUUUUGGCGGAUGAGCUUUGUACUAUUAUGGUUCAGCUUGGAUGUUGGGAAAACUUUUGCACUGAUGUUGAGAAAAGAGCCCAGCGGAUUUGCGGACAGGAUGUCAAUGGCAGCCCCUCUUUUGCAGGCUUUAGAAAGCAAAUAGCCGACGCCAUUCAUGAGUUGGAGAACAGCAUCUUUUCCUAAUUGAUGUACUCAACUCUUGACUGUGUGGAGAGAGGAAGCUUUUUUUUUUUUUAGUAGCUUCAUAGAUCAUUACACAAGAAAAUGUCUUUAAAGUCAGUGUUGUUAGCUCUCCAUUCUCUGAGAUUCUGUUUCAGAUUUUAUUUGUUAACUUCCUAAAAAAAAAUAAGGCAUCUCGUAAUCGUAGCUUGAGUAUGCAACUGCAGGAUGAAAACCAACUGACAUUGAUAGUCUUAAAGGUUAAAGGUGUAAUUGCAAGUUUUUCUUGUGUAAUGAUCUCCUUUUUUUGGAAAACAAAACAAAAAAAAAUAUUUCAGGAAAAAAAGAAUUGUAAACAAAAUAAGAUACAAGAAAAAAAAAUCGAAAAAAUUUGCCAAAAAGGAAAAAAAAAUAUGAAAAAUAAGUCACAAAAUUCAAGAAAAAAAAGGUUGACUGUACUUAGGUACGGUACAUAAGAAAGAUGCAAAAAAAAUUGUUGCGAAAGGCUAAGCAACCCUAUUUUGCUACACUGUACAAGUACAAGAGAAAAUGAUCUCUUGACAGCAAAGAAAAGAUAAGUUUGUAUUCCAAA